AUGGAUAGUCUCUCGUUUGGUGUGGUCCGGCCACCACCGGAAAGCUGCGACGAAAGGGGGAAGCGGCUGAAAUCGGAACAUGAAUCUGAAGAUGAAUCAAUGUCGGAGAAAGCAAAGGUGGAAUCAGAAGAUGAACCGGAAUCAGAAGAGGAAACUGACCUUGAAUCAGAUGAUGAAUCAAUGUCGGAGGAAGCAAAAGAGGAAUUAGAAUUCUACUUGAAUUGGGAAUCGAAGCCAAUUGAAUAUAUGCAGGAAAAGUUCGACGAUGAUCCUUUUCUCCGUCUUUUUUCAUGUAAGAACUAUUGUUAUAAGAAUAAAGCGAUGAUAAAAAAAGAAGAGGAUAGUAAAAAAGCAGUGGCUGAGUAUUUGGAUAGAUCUCGUCAUCUAAGUCCCUUUGAUGCUAUCCCUAUUCCACCUCUGGCAAAUGUAUGUGACAAUAACUUUCCAAGACCAAUUCCCCUUACGGAAAAUGAUCGACCGCAUUUCAUUCAACUCUCCAAUCUUGCUUUGGAUUACUAUAAUCAACACAAUCAGGGUUUGGGUUUACUGUAUGUUUUUGAAGACAUUGUGAAGGUAACCGGGCGGCAUAUUCCUCUUGUUACUCGUUAUAUUACCUUUAUAGCCAAACCUAGAGAUUCUAUGGAGCCUGCUACCACUUUUCAAGCCGAAGUCUGGGACAGAAUGACUUCACUUGGACCACCCAUUGUCAAGUCCUGCUCCAUUAAAAACUACUAA